GCUCGGCUCUCGGCUCUGCCUGGAGUUCUCAGUGCGGCGACAGCGGUGCUGAAUAUGGCGUCAGACGGGAUGAUUUUAACAAACCACGACCACCAAAUCCGGGUCGGCGUCUUGACAGUAAGUGACAGCUGCUUUCGCAAUCUCGCUGAGGACCGCAGCGGGGUCAACCUCAAAGACCUCGUGCACGACCCUUCCUUGCUUGGAGGAACCAUCUCGGCUUACAAAAUCGUUCCUGAUGAAAUUGAUGAAAUCAAGGAGACGCUUGUCGACUGGUGUGAUGAGAAAGAGUUAAACCUGAUUUUGACCACAGGUGGCACAGGCUUCGCUCCACGAGAUGUCACACCUGAGGCCACUAAAGAGGUGAUCGAGCGGGAAGCUCCAGGGAUGUCUCUGGCCAUGCUGAUGGGAUCUCUGAAUGUCACUCCUCUGGGAAUGCUCUCCAGACCCGUGUGUGGUAUCCGAGGGAAAACUCUCAUCAUAAAUUUGCCGGGCAGUAAAAAAGGUUCACAGGAAUGCUUCCAGUUUAUCCUUCCCGCUCUCCCGCACGCCAUCGACCUGCUCCGAGAGGCCGUGGUCAAAGUGAAGGAGGUGCCGAACGAGCUGGAGGACCUGCCCUCGCCCCCGCCGCCUCUGUCCCCGCUGCCCGGCAGCAGCCCGCACCGGCAGACCGAGGACAAGGGUGUUCAGUGUGAGGAAGAGGAGGAGGAGAAGAAGGACAGCGGUGUGGCCUCCACUGAGGACAGCUCCUCCUCACACAUCACUGCUGCCUCCAUCGCUGCCAAGAUUCCUGACUCCAUCAUCUCACGGGGCGUCCAGGUCCUUCCCCGUGACACGGCAUCUUUGAGCACCACGCCGUCCGAGUCGCCGCGAGCCCAGGCUACCUCUCGCCUCUCCACAGCUUCCUGUCCCACACCCAAGGCGCGGCUCCCCUCCUCUUCAUCCACCCUAAGCAUUGCUGAGGCGUCACGACGAGAGUUCAGAGCACACCUGGAUGAGGUCAUCACACUCAAGUCAAGGUACUCUACCUUGGACCAGCUCCAGUGUAGGUUGGAGGUGCUUAAAGACGAUCGCCGAGGCCAUAGGACCUUCAGUUCUCGAGUGCAGUCACGAUGCAGCAGCAAAGAAAAUAUCCUACGAGCAAGUCAUAGUGCGGUGGAUAUCACCAAAGUGGCUCGGAGACACCGUAUGUCUCCAUUUCCUCUCACCUCUAUGGAUAAAGCCUUCAUCACUGUGCUGGAGAUGACCGCAGUUCUGGGCACUGAGAUCAUUAACUACAGAGACGGCAUGGGUCGAGUUCUGGCUCAGGACGUUUAUGCCAAAGACAACCUGCCUCCGUUCCCAGCCUCUGUUAAAGACGGCUACGCUGUAAGAGCGGCUGAUGGUCCUGGUGACAGAUUUAUUAUCGGCGAGUCUCAGGCCGGAGAGCAGCCCACACACACCGUGAUGCCGGGUCAGGUGAUGCGGGUGACGACAGGUGCUCCUAUUCCCUGCGGAGCGGAUGCUGUGGUUCAAGUGGAAGACACUGAACUCCUGCGAGAGUCUGAAGACGGCACAGAAGAGCUGGAGGUGCGCAUUCUGGUUCAAGCUCGUCCAGGUCAAGACAUCAGGCCCAUCGGUCAUGACAUCAAGCGUGGCGAGUGCGUGCUGUCCAAAGGCACUCACAUGGGCCCGUCUGAGAUCGGGCUGCUGGCCACGGUGGGCGUCACGGAGGUGGAAGUGCAGAAGUUUCCCGUCGUGGCUGUGAUGUCUACUGGGAACGAGCUGCUGAACCCGGAGGACGAUUUACACCCCGGUAAGAUCCGAGACUCUAAUCGCUCCACGCUGCUGGCCACCAUUCAGGAGCACGGAUACCCCACCAUCAACCUGGGCAUCGUGGGAGACAACCCUGAUGACCUGUUGAAUGCUCUGAAUGAGGGAAUCAGUCGUGCCGACGUCAUCAUCACCUCAGGGGGCGUGUCUAUGGGGGAGAAGGAUUACCUGAAACAGGUACUUGACAUCGAUCUUCAUGCUCAGAUACACUUUGGACGUGUCUUCAUGAAACCAGGUCUCCCCACAACAUUUGCCACUCUUGAUAUGGACGGGUCUCGAAAACUUAUCUUUGCUCUGCCAGGUAGGGACGGUAAUCCCGUGUCAGCGGUCGUAACAUGUAACCUCUUCGUCAUUCCUGCCUUGAGGAAGAUGCAGGGAAUCUUAGACCCGCGGCCCACCAUAAUAAAAGCCCGGUUGUCAUGUGAUGUGAAGCUGGAUCCACGUCCUGAGUAUCACCGCUGUAUUCUGACGUGGCACCAUCAGGAACCUCUGCCAUGGGCACAGAGCACAGGGAACCAGGUUAGCAGCCGACUCAUGAGCAUGCGCAGCGCUAACGGACUCCUGAUGCUACCUCCCAAAACCGAGCAAUACGUGGAGCUGCACAAGGGCGAGGUGGUGGACGUGAUGGUCAUCGGCCGUCUAUGAUGACAGCGGCGGGCGGAA